CCGGGACGGGCUCGGCUCAUGGCUUCAUGUGAUCCUGCAGGGAGGCGUUUAGCUAAAAAGAAGUUUUACAGCAUCCAGGCUGCACCAUUCGAGAUCUGACCGUCUCUCUGGCCCCGGGCUUGUGUUUAAAAUUUUUUUUUUUUACUAUUAUUUCCUUGGGGAGGAUAUUUCCAUCACUUGUUCGGCUCACUCCGGAUAGUGACGCGCUGCAGUUGCGAUAAUGGGAGACGCUCAGUCUGCGCAACGGGAGGGCAAGAAGGAUGCAGCGGCUGAGGAGGGGAGCGGAGGAGUGGACGACGUGCAGACCGAGGAGAGUCCCGAAGACAAGCCCCUCAAAAACAAAGGGCAGAUCUCUGAGAUUAAUGGAAAAGCGGACAACUCCAUAGCAGCGUUAAAUGGUCACUGUGAGGAAGAACAUGAGAUCGCUGCAGAGGCUAUCCUCUCUCCAGACGAAGAUGUUUCAGGCAAAGAGAAGCCACUUAACGCAGAAGAAACACCAUUAGAAAAUGUUGAAAUUAAUGAAAAGACAGCGGCGGAUGAAGUGGAUGCGAAUGAGGAAAUGACUGAAAUGGAGGCGAAGCAGAACGACAUCAAUGAAAGUUUUAGGAAGUUUUUCAGCAACAUUGGAUUGAAACUGACAGUAAAAAGAGGCUCUGUUGUGCCCGAAGAAGAAGCAAAUAAACCAGAAGACAUUAAGGAGACGGCAGAAGAGAUAAAAAGUGAGACUGAUCAAUCAAAUAUGGAUCUGAACGAGGCACAGGCAGUUAAUGACAAUGACUCAACGACAUGCCCCACACUGACAGAUGUCACACCAGAGGAUGCUCUAGAAAAUGCAGAUGAGAGAACGACAGAAGCCACAGAAGUUGAAGCUUUACCUGUAAGUGAAGAUGCAAACCAAGAAGCCACACCUGAAAAAGAUCCACACGCAACAUCUCAGUCGAGUCCCGAUGAACAAGUGGAGGAAUCUCCGUUGAAAAAAUUUUUUACAACUGGAAUCUUUUCUGGUCUGCGGAAGAAAAAGAAGCAAGAAGAAGGUGACGCAACAGAGAAAGAACUGGUAGACAUGGGGAAAAAGGAGACUGAAGACACGACUGUACAAGACCAACAAGAAGAGGAGAUUACUCCCGGUAUUGACAUGACUACAACUGAGAAAGGUCUUGGGGAAAAUGAGGAUGAGGGCAAAUCAUCUUUUGCGAAUGAGCCUGACAUUUUGGGCUCUCAAGAAAAGGACAAAGUUCAAGCCAGUCCCCUAAAAAAGCUUCUGUCAGGAUCUAGUUUAAAGAAACGCUCCAAAAAGCAGAGUGGACGGAAAUCAAGUGAUUCAAAGCUGUCCGACUCUGGAGAUGAUCAGCACCUGUCUUCAACUGAGGAGCCGGCAGAAAAUCGGAAAGAAGAAAGUCCUGCAAAACCCUCUGCAGAGGCGGCGGGAGAAGAGGAAAGUGCAUGGGCUUCCUUCAUAAAGCUCAUGACUCCUAAAAAACGCGUGAAAAAGUCAUCUGUGGACCAUGGAGACGCACAAAUCCCAGGUAUAAUAGAAGAAACAAAACCAAAUGAAGGACAGCAAAUAUCUGAUCACAGCACAGAAGAGGGAAAGAAAAAGAAAGAUUCGUCUGUGUCGUGGGAGGCUGUUUUGUGUGGAUCUGGAAGGAGGAGAAGCAGAAGGACAUCAGACUCUGAGGAGGAAACACCUCAAAUUGAUAAUGGUGUUAACAAGCAAGACAGUGGACCUAAAGAGAGCACAGAGUCGCCUUUGGAAAGUUCCAGUGAGGUCAAUGAGAUUCAAGGUGAUUCUGCCAAAGAAGCAGGAGGUCCUCCAGAGGGUGACACAGGAUCAACAUGGAAAUCACUUAAGAAACUUGUCACCCCUAAAAGAAAGGCCAAGGAUGAGGAUGAAAGUAAAGAAAAUAUACAAUCUGAUAGUGAAGUUACUCAAGAUGACUCCUCCUUUUCCAUAAAGAAACUCCUUACCGGACGGAAAAAGAGAAAGUCGGCUGAAAAGCAAGACCAAGUAUCUUCAGAAGAGGCUGAUAGGGAAGUAGUGUCAGAUGAUGAAGACUCCGAGACGCCCGCUGUGGUUCCACUGUCCGAGUUCGACACAGCCGAGGCAGUGGCUCAAAUACAAACACAGGCAGAUAUAGAAAGUGACCUGACAAAAGCAGACAAUGAGCCCCACCAGGACCUCACUGAUAAGAAGGUUGAGCCAGUCAAACCUUGUAAAGAAGAUUUUAUUGAAGCACAAAAGGUGCAAGAAGAUGACGCAACAUUCGCGGCAUCCAUCGCCCCUGUUGCAAAUGUAGAAACAGAUGAUCUUACAGAUGAGUUACUCAGUAAACAUCAACAGCUCAGUGAUAUUCCAGAGGAGGGGAUAAUUACAGACACCAUGGCCACUCCGGUUUCAUUCACCGAAGAGGUUGUUAGAGAUGACACGAUAGCAGAGGACUUCAUAGAAAUCACAUCUGACGCCAUAACUGCUCCAGAGCCUGUAGACGCCACCACGGCAGAUGAAACUGAGAUGGUCUCUGCAGUUUCCCAGUUGUCUGAUUCCUCAAAAACAUCUGGAAACGCAACACCAGUCCCAGCAGAAUACAAUGUUCAGGACACAGAGGUUGUACUGCAGCAGGUUGCUGAAAACAUCUCCACCAGCCCAGAGGCUGUUCCAGUCAGUUCAGAGGAACUAGGCGCUGAAAGAAUAGUUGGUUCAGUCUCGCAUCAAAUAAAUGAAACAUUGGUCGAAAAAGAGACAAAGAUUCUCGAAAUACAUAGAAGAUCUGAUGCAACCGCCAUAAACACGGGCCUGAGCGUUGAAGCAAUCGAUGCAAUUAACGAACUUACGGCAACAGAACAGAUAGAGAGCGGGUCUGACAUGAACACUUCAACAGAAAUCAUAUCUGAGGAGUUUGACACUGCAGAGCUUUCUGUAGAUAAAGUCUGUGAGGCAGAAGAUUUAGAAAUUAUGGAUGAGAGCCAACGUGUGGUGGAAAGCUUGUCUGAGGUGAAUGAAAGCAAAGUUGUUAUAGCAGAGGCACAAGUUGGGGAACAGGAAGCUGAAAACGAAAUCUCAAAAACUGAAAAAGCAGAACCAGCUCCGGUGGCAGAUGUUCGAGUUGAGGAUCAAUCACCACCUGCUGCAGCGGAUGAGCUGGAAGCAUUGGCAGAUGAAGGAAAAGACACAUUAGGUUCAAAGGAAGGUAGUGUUCAGUCACUGGAAAAAGAAGAAAUAUCAGGUGACAUCCAACCCACUGUUAGGGUUGAAGACGAAGAAGAAGAAGAAGAAGAAGAAGAAGAAGAAGAAGAAGAAAAAGUACCAUUUACAGAGGAAAGUCUACAGCAAGCUGAAAGCAAAAUCUCAAAAACUGAAGAAGCAGAACCAGCUCUAGUGGCAGAUGUAUCAGAUGACAUCCCACCCGCAGUUACAGUUGCAGAAGAAGAAGUACCAUCUACAGAGGAGAGUCUACCUGCAGAAAAAGUCGUUGACGAACCCAAAGAGACAACACACCUCAUUGAAGAAACCAUUCAUCCAGAAGAAAAAGAGCCACAGACUGAUGCUCCCAUGACUGAGCACGUUGAACUUAUUGCAAAAGAUAAACAAGAUGAAACGGCAGCCACGUUAGACUCAGGAGAAGGUAGUGCUCAACCAACCGAAAAAGAAGUAAUAUCAGAAGAUGUUCCGCAAAGCAUUAAAGAUGAACCUAAAGAGGAAACUGUAGAAUCCGAAGAAGCUAUUGCUCAAUCAGCUGCAAAAGAAGCAAUAUCAGAAGAUGUUCCAGAAAGCAUUAAAGAUGAACCUCAACAGGAAACUGUACCUGUCUCUGAAGAUACUGUUCGCCUUGAGCAUGUUCAAGAACCAGAAGAGUCACAAGCUGUACAAGCCGCCACAUCGGAUUCAGAAGCAGGAAGACCUCAAAUACUUGAAAAGGAAGUAAUAUCAGAGGAAAAAGAAGUCCUGAAGGUGGAAGCAGAGGUUUUGCUACCUGAUGCAAAAGAUAUGCCGACUGAAACAGCAGCUGAAGGAGAGGUGUCUACGUCUGCACAUGCAGCGACACAAAGCAGUGCUCAGGAAACACAAAUAUUUGCAGAAGAUGUUACAAAACCAGCUCCCGAUUCAGUUGCAGAAAUCAAAGAUCAGAUGUCGGAAAGCAUCCAACAAGAUGCUCAGGUUGAGCAAGAGGACAGCGUUGCUGAAACUGUACAAGAGUUACAAUCCUUAACAGCAGUUCAUUUAUCCUCCGUCACUGAGGAAGGAAGUUCAAACGUUCAAGUUGUGGAAGUGAUUGCAUUCUCUGAAGAGACCCCAGCGCCUUGUAUGGAUAAUGCUGAAGCUUCAGACGAAGCCACACAUGGAGUGCAUGUCUGUGAAGUAGAGGACAGCAUCGCUGAAACUGUACAAAAGUUACAAUCCUUAACAGCUGUUCAUUUAUCCUCCGUCACUGAGGAAGGAAGUUCAAACGUUCAAGUUGUGGAAGUGAUUGCAUUCUCUGAAGAGACCCCAGCGCCUUGUAUGGAUAAUGCUGAAGCUUCAGAUGAAGCCACACAUGGAGUGCAUGUCUGUGAAGUAGAGGAGAAUAUAGAGAAGGAAAAAGCAGGGGAGCUUCCAGGUGCUGAGACCAAGACUGCUCCACUUGAGCACGCUGUAGUCGCCCAAGUAACCACAUGUGACCGGAAAGAUGUUUCAUCUGCAAUACCUGAUGUCUUGAUAGAGACAACAUCAGAAGUUCACGAACCCUUGAUAGAUAGAAUUGCAAGUGAGACACAGUUCAAGGACACAGUCGAGACUGCAAAGCCAUUGGUGAGAGAGGAGGUUACCGAGACAGCAGAGGAAGGCGACAUGGUCCUGACGAUGCACGUGUCAUCAGUGAAGUCUGAAGACAACCACAGGAUCCAAGUGGAGGCGGUGGAUGUUGAUAUCAAGUCGGCCGAGAAUGUGAUUGACAAGGUGAUAGAAGCAGGUGUUACAGAAGACAAACAAAUCAUAGAUGUUUGUCAGGAGACCAUUAAGAAUCUAGAAAAUCUCUUUGCCACUGCCGAAUCUAAAGAGGAAACGAUUAAUGAGGAAAAGGGGACUGUCCAAGAAGUUAUUCACCAUGUAAAGGAGAAUUUACCAGAGACAGUACCUGAAUCUUUCCCUGUCAGUUUGGAACAAGAGGUUGUAAACCUAUCAGAAAUGACUGAGGUGGUUAGCAGUGAAUCGAAAGAAGUGGAGGAGCUAGAAAUAGAAAGACAAGACGAAGCGGUCACUAGUGACACUUCCACAAUCCCAACUGAACAACUAAUUUCUGAAGAUCGCACUCAAAGUUUGGACACCUCCGUCUUUGAUCGCAAAGAAGAUUUGGAGGAAGCUGAAAAAUCAGAAGUCUCCAUCAAAGCAGAAGAAAUGGCGACAAAGAAAGUUGAUGAAGACACUGUAGAAGCUCAAACACUACAAACUACCCAAAAUCAGAUUGUUAGUACCAAUAAUGCUGGAUUAGCAGUCCCCCAAAACACUGGAAUAAUCUCAUCUAUAGGUAAUGUGGAGUCUCCUUCGAGUCUUUCUCUAGAAUUCAAACUUAACAUACAGUUUGGACAAACAAUGGCUCCAGCCUCCCCACCACCACCACCUACACACAGAUUUGAACCGGCAAGAGACGGUGACAUGUAUGCAGCUGGCGUUCAGACCGUGCAGGAAGAACGUACGAGGAUAUUGAAUGCAACACAAAGAGUUGAGAGCGAAAUGCAAACCGAGGUCACUGUUAAUGCAAAAACCACAGAACCAGCAGAACUCACCGAAAGACUCGUGAUUACAAACCAGCCAGUGCUUCGGGAUGUUGGCAUCCAAGCAAUGCAAAUAAUAGAACAUGAAGAAAUCAAAGCCACAGAGAACGUAACCCCGAACAUCCAGGCUGCAGAGAUAAUAGAACCAGUGAGGCGAAGAGAGAGGAGAGAGAUGAUCCUGAGCCGGGAGCUACUCUCCAGUGCUCACGAAACCAAAACAGAGGACGCUGUCAAACAAGCAGAGGAGGAAACCGAUCAGGACGUGUGGCUGGAUGCCGAGGAAGACAUCCUCACCCAAGAGUUUGAAAUAGAACCCGAUUUCAAGAGCGAGGAGGAAGAACUGCAACAAGAAGCGCACAAAGUCGGAGAAAUGUACGACGUCGACAGCGAAGGUGAAGAUUUUGCGGUUGCGCUUGAGCAACCGGAAACUGCAGCUGCAGGUGUCGCUACAGUGGAUUGGGAUUAAUUCGACCCGUCAGUGACCGGCUGGACAAUCAAAACGGGAAAGGAGGAAUUCUUUGAAAAGCCAUUAAUUUUUUUUUUUUUUUACUUUAUGUUGAAC